AUAAGGAAACUGACAUUCGAAAGCAGAUUUUCUUGGAACAGGAGCACACAUAUUUUUAUUAUUUUCAUUAAACUGGGAAAUUAUGGCUGGGCUUGUCCACUUGGCUAGAUUUUGCAGUAAACACCAACAUAAUUUCAACAGCCAGAAAGCAUACAGCACUUUGGGACGUUAUCAGUACUGCAAAUUCAAUGCUCCCGGUAGUCGUCAGCGUGUAACAGCACAUCUGUUACUUACCUCCCGCACGACUGUCACCAAUGUGGACGAUGGCUCUUCAACAAAAAACGCCAACAAGAAAAAGAUAACACCCUUUACUCCCACACCAGGCAGUAAACUAUUGGGUGGUGUUUUUGUGAAGAAGGCGCCUAAAGGUCCAGCCCAACAUCCACAAGAUAUUGCCUUACAACAACAACUACAACAACCGUUACGACAAUGUCACAUUCAUCUAGGAGGUGGUGGUGAUGGGGGUAGUGCUCUAGGAAAAUUAGAUGCUCCAGAAGUGACAUCCAAGGAUAUGCUAAGGGCCAUGAUGGCCUACAUAUGGCCCAAGGAUGAUGCGCUUGUGAGGAAAAGAGUUGCAAUUUCUUUGGGCUUAUUGGCCGGUUCUAAAAUUCUAACCGUAUGUGUGCCGUUUUUGUUUAAGGGAGCCGUUGACACCAUGGGAAGCCUAACAAUGGACACUCCAGCCGAUGUUAUAUUAACAUCAGCCACUGCCAUGUUGAUUGGUUAUGGCGUUGCUCGUGCCAGUGCUGCUGGUUUUAAUGAGUUGCGUAAUGCUGUUUUUGCCAGAGUGGCUCACCAUUCUAUACGUAAGAUAGCCACAAAUGUUUUCUUACAUUUGCACAAUUUGGAUUUGGCAUUUCAUCUCAAUAAACAGACUGGUGCAUUAUCAAAGACAAUAGAUCGUGGUUCCAGAGGCAUAAACUUUGUUUUAAGUGCCAUGGUUUUUAACAUAGUUCCCACCAUAUUUGAAUUGGCUUUGGUAUCUAGUAUUUUGGGUAUUAAGUGUGGUUUGGCUUUUGCUGGUGUUUCAAUGGGUUGUGUGGGUGUUUAUGCUGCCUACACCCUAUCGGUAACGCAGUGGCGCACUAAAUUCCGUGUUUACAUGAAUCAAGCCGAAAACGAGGCUGGCAAUAAAGCCGUCGAUUCUCUGAUCAAUUACGAAACGGUCAAAUAUUUCAAUAAUGAAAAAUUCGAAGCAGCCCGCUAUGAUAAAGUCUUAAAGAAAUAUGAAUCGGCCAGUUUGAAAACUAGCUCCAGUUUGGCUGUGCUUAAUUUCGGCCAAAAUGCCAUAUUCAGUACGGCCUUGAGUGUGAUAAUGGUUUUGGCAGCCAAUGAAAUAGCCAAGGGUAAUAUGACUGUGGGUGAUUUGGUCAUGGUCAAUGGUUUGUUGUUUCAGCUAAGUAUACCUUUGGGCUUUUUGGGUAGUGUAUAUCGUGAGGUGCGCCAAGCUCUGCUGGAUAUGCAAGCCAUGUUUACUUUAAUGAAUGUGGACAGUCGGGUGCAUGCGCCCUCCAAUGCCCCACCAUUGAUAUUGGGCACCGACAAUGCUUCAAUUGAAUUCAAAAAUGUCAAUUUUGAAUAUGAACCUGGCAAGCCCAUAUUUAGAGAUUUAUCAUUUGUCAUACCUGCGGGAAAGAAUAUUGCAUUUGUUGGAGGCUCAGGUUCGGGUAAAUCAUCCAUGGUGCGUCUGCUGUUUCGUUUCUUCGAACCCAACUCGGGCAAGAUUUUAAUAGGAGGUCAAGAUAUAAGCACAGUGGAUAUUGAUAGCUUAAGGAAAUGCAUAGCUGUGGUGCCGCAGGAUUCAGUCUUAUUCCAUGAUACCAUACAACAUAAUAUACACUAUGGCAAUUUGAAUAAAAGUCAAGAGGAAGUGGAAAAUGCCGCCCGCAUGGCCGACUUGCAUGAUAACAUCAUGGGCUGGCCCAGAAGGUAUGAGACACAGGUUGGCGAGCGUGGCCUGAAGCUUUCGGGUGGUGAAAAACAACGAGUAGCCAUAGCCAGAGCGAUAUUAAAAAAUUCCCCCAUUUUAAUUUUUGAUGAGGCCACCAGUAGUUUGGAUUCAAUCACUGAACAUAACAUUUUACAAGCUUUAUCUCGUGCCACCGAAGGACGCACUAGUAUUUGUAUAGCCCAUCGUCUAUCCACUGUCAUGGAUGCAGAUGAGAUCUUAGUACUGGAAAAUGGUCGGGUAGGAGAGCGUGGCACUCAUGCAGAGUUGCUUAAGAAAAAUGGUCUAUAUUCGCGUCUUUGGGAGACACAAACACAACAGUUUUGAUCUUAAGCUUAUUGAGGCCUUAAAGUCUUAAUGUUUUGUACAUACCUAUAUAUAUAUAUAAAGCUGCCCUAAAUUUAGCUUUAGAACUAAGUGGACUCUGUCUCCCAACGAUUUUGUUUGGGUAGUGCGUUUUUUUUAGCAAUAAGUGUUUUUGUUUUUUUAACCAACUCUUAUCGUUCACUACCUUUGAUUUUAAAUGUUGAAAUUAAUUGACCCAAAAACCGAGGACUAUAACAAAAAUUAGGCUUAAAGUUAUAAUGAAAUAAUAAAAAAUUCCUAAAAAAUAUUUUAAAUGCAAUACCACCCCCUAUACCUGUUAAGUACUUUUUAUGUAUGUACAAAAAAAAAAAAAACAAAACCGAAAAACUAAAAAAAUAAACCCAUAAUUAAAAAUGA